AUGUCCGCUGUCUCCGUUCACAGCUGGCACACACCACAAUUCAAUUUGCCCAAGACGCGAGCAGCACUCCAAUCGUCCUCCUCGUCCUCUCUCUGGCCUGGACACAAGUGCUGGAUGUCGUCGAGUGUGCUGCGUCUCCCACGCCGCCCAAGCGAAGACGACGACGCCAGGACCCACCACAAGACCCUCGUUGCUUGUCCUGUUCCUGAUCCAAUGGUACCGGACGAACCAGAGCAAGAGCGCAGUCGCGUCGAGAUGCCCGGCACACCGCCCAUUGACGCGCGCAGUCGUCGGGCGUGGGGCGAGGUGGUCCAUCGCCGGACCGAAGCUCGUCGACUCGCACAGCAAGAAGAGCUGCAGCCUCUCGAGCGACGUGCAGAGCGUCACGCUGCCGCUCUCGUCGUGCAGCGCCUCGUGCGCUGUUUCUUGUCGCGGACGCGACUCUCGACGCGUCUCAGUGCUGUAGGACGCCCCGUGGAGCUCCGGGUCACGGCGGUCACGGGCCUCGAGCUCCUCUGCGACUUCCGCAACGUCGUGUCGGUGUUUUGUAACGUCCGCGUGCUCAAGAAACCGUUCGGGCCGUUCAUGUUCCACUUUUCCACGACGCGCUGCUCGAACGUGGAGUCGCCCACGUGGGACGACACGUUCUUUGUGCCGAUGCUGUCCAGCAAGUGCGAUAUUGUCGCGACGUUGAUAGGCGUGAACAAUACAGGCAGACUCCGGUUCUUAGGACAGGCGAUUGUCCCGAUGGAGGCGGGGUGGGAGCACAAGAGUAAGGCGAGAGCGCCAUUGGCCAAGUGGAAGUUUCCAGUGGACGAGUCGAUUGUGGGACUCCACCGCUUCGUGAAGGGCACGGUGGAGCUGGCGAUCAAGCCGAUAUCGUCUCGGUGGCCGUGCAAAUCGGGCCAGUUUUUGCAGGGACCGCCUGUUAAAUCCAGAGCGAAGCGGUUGUUUCCAUUCUGGUCGAAACAAGUGUCGAGCAAUGGAUUGCUGACUUCGCCAGCGCUAUUCACGCCGAGGAAGACGCCCACGAGUGCCUCGCCGUCGCGAAAGGUGGUAGUGGCACGUUGGGGCGUCCUUACUGAUACGACGUUUCAUCUCUUUGAUAACACAACCGCCAAGCUGAUUGUUAGUUUGGAUCUGGCCAAGUUGCAGAUUAUCAAGUCGAGUGCACAGCCAAAGAGCAAUUCGAGUCCACUUUUUCCUCUGAAGCUCUACUUCAGGGGGAUUGUGUACGUGCUGUAUGUAUCGAGUUACGCACAGCAACAGUCGUGGGAGUACAAGAUCAACUUGCACCGUCGCGAGCUACUAAUCCCAAGCUGCGCCUAG